GCGACAGAAGACUCGCCAGUCCUAGCACGUUGCCUGAACUCGUCUCUCUCCGAGCAAUGGCACUACUUUACCGAGGUGAAUCACGAUGGAAGAUUUUAAGACAUCCUGUUUUCUGGAUGAAGGUCAUUGAGAUCGUUCUGAGCUUCAUUGUUGCUCCCCUGGUAAUCGCUUACAAUGAUAAGGGAGGGGUAUACCAGAGAGACAGUGACAAAAGUUUCAAUAUCACUGUGAAAUACCCUUUUGAUUACAACAAUGAAACUGCGGUUUACACUGAUGAAGAUGGACCACUUACAAGCUUCAACUUUGAUCCAGCCAUCAAAGUUUGUGCACAGUUGUUUGUUGCUGUACUCAUUGUAGCUGGACUGUUAGCAAUAGCAACGCUGCUAAUAUCAUGUGCAGUUCACAGAAAGGAGAGAGUGGCAAGUAAAGUUUCAAUAGCAGAGAUAUUUAUUUCCAUUGUGAUAGCAGUGCUUGUAGCUGUAGUUACAAGCCUCUGGUUGUACAACAUUCUGGAAUUGAAAAAGGAAGUCGAAAAUGAAGUUGAAAAUGUCAUCACAACAUUGGGGCCAGACCGCUGCAGUAACUGUGUAGAAUUCUUACCUGAUUACUCAGUGCUCUUUGCUUCAGUGGGCUUUGGUUACUUGUUGCUUGUGAUAUGGUUGCUGAACACCUCACUUGUUUUCUGUGACACAGUAGACAGUUCUGAUCAAGUGAAUGGCAUCAGUUCAUUAGUGUUCGCACAAGAGGAGGAGCUCACAGACAAAUCUCGAGAAACAAACGCUUUUGAGACCACUGCUUAGAUUGACAGCAGCAAAACAAAUGGCUCUGGUAGUUCGAAGGUGGAUGAAGCCAUCUUCUGAUUAAAUUUCUAUCUGGUGGAUGGGGCAGUCUGUUUUGGAAACGGUAACACUUAUCACCCAGAUAGUGAUUUACCUGUUGGAUAGCAUUAUUUGCCUUUUGAACAACAGGGCUCUCUACUAUUGUGUAUAGCACUGCAACAGCCGGUUCAGUAGCUUUUGGGCCAGCAUUCUUUGUAAAUACUUAUUAACUUUUCCACUGUGAUUUUUUUGUACAAUAACAUUUAUUGGCAAAAUGUAAUUACAUCCACUGUAAAUGUAAUCUCAGACAGAAAAAAUAACUUUUGUUACUUUUGUUACCUUUUAGCUUUUGUUGGAAACUCGUUAGAAUGUAGUUUUUGUUUAAAUGUGAGUAAACUAGAAAUCAUC